GGGAGCAAAGUGCUGCUGUGGACUUUACCUUGAAGCUCUGGGAAAGACCGUGUGCAUGUGAUAAGCUGUAGAGAGGGGAAACAGUGAAGUAGUGGGGACUGGAGAUUAAGCGCUCAAUGCAAGGAGAGAGAGUGGGAGGAAGGAGAGGGGAGAGGCUGAAUCACAUGGACAGAGAGCCGGAGUGUGUGAGAGGCUUUGUGCUUAAUGUGUGCUUCUCGGGAGAAUGAAUGAUGAGGACUACAGCUCCACUUUCUUCUCCACUGGACGGUGUUUAACAGGAAUUUAUUUCCACUAAGUCAGCAUCUAAAUACUGGAUUUUGUUCCUGCUCUCAACCUCUGUCUUGCCAAGUGCUCUGAGGAAAUGCCGGAGAGUUUCCCAGUCCAGGACAUGGUCUCCUGAGUGGUCCCGCCACCACUGCAUCACAAGCCUUAAAACCAGUCUAACCUGGGACAUGACUGCUCUGCUUCCCAACGUCAGUGUUCCUGGGAGUACGGCAGCUUUGCUGGUGACCACUGACUGUCCGUUUAACCUGACUGCAGCUGCUCAGGCAGGACUGGGGUCAGGCCAUUCACUGGCCCCACUAUGUACCGUGUGUUGCUGUGGGGUUCUCAAUCGCACCUUGGCAGUGGCAUUCAUGGUCAGCCUAGCAUUUGCCAUCGUGGUUGGGAACGUGGUCACACUUACAGUGUUUGUGCAGACCAGACAGUCGAGAACACCACAGGGAUACCUGAAAGUGUCUCUGGCCAUAGCAGAUAUGAUGGUCGGUGUCCUCGUGGUUCCUUUUUCCAUCUACACUGAAAUCUCUCUGAUGGUAACCACCACGCCCCCUGUUUGGUAUCAGGGUACUUCUACUUCCCCUGCCAACUCCUCUUCUCGUGGUGGACUAGUAAGCCCAUGGCAGCCCUGCAUGCUGAUUGGUCCAGUGUUUGCUGGAUGCACAUUUGUUUCCAUCAGCACCAUUUUCCUAAUGACUUUGGAGCGCAGUGUGGCCAUCCUGUGGCCACUCCAAAAGGACGCCUUGGUGACCCGAAGACGAACUCUGUUCCUCAUCCUGUUCUCCUGGGCUUCCAGCUUUCUGCUGGCUUUAGCGCCUCUCAUCUUCAGCAGAAACUUCACUUUGGAGUACAAUGAGUGCAGUCGCAUGUGUAACUACACCCCACUCAUGCUUGGAGGCCAUCUCCCGCCUGAUGCCAACAUCUUGUUGUUAUUCCCAGCGUUCGAUUUCACACUGCUCGGUGGCACAUUGGCUGUUAAUAUCGUGUCUUUCACUAGCAUUCGGCGGUACUCCCAAAAACGCAAACUACUCUCAGAGGGGAGUCUGAGCGAUGGAGGAGGAGGAGGUGGAGGAUGCCCUCACAGGCCCUCUUUUUCAGACAUCAAAGCAGCCAAAACAAUUGGCAUAUUAACAUUUGCCUUUACAGCAUCCUUCACGCCCAUUGCAGUGUUUGUGCUGGGGAACGUGGUGGGAUACACCUGGUGUAAUUUCUCCUUUUUUGCCUUCUGGAUUCUGACAGGAAACAGUUGCUGUAAUGUUAUUAUUUACAGCGUCAGGGACCACCGCUUCAGGAAGGGUGUAACCCUGCUGUUUCAACGAGAUCAAUCCCCCCCGCAUGGCGAGAAGAACUAAGAGACGCGUAAAUUUGUGUUGUGGCUGUGACCCAAAGUAUGACUUGGAAUAGUUUAAAAAGUAGAGAAAGGUGAAGAAUGGGUUUAUUCGCUUACUCUGUGAAAAGAUUGUCAUCCCUUUCCUGUUUUCAAAGAGAGGAAAAAAGGAACCCUGCCUAUUUCAACUUGUGGUCCUUAAUAUGCCAUCAAUAAUCUCUCUUGCUAAAGCAUUAUGUUAAAAACAUAUGAAUUUCAUCCAUUAAAAAAGCAGCAACGUUAUUCCAUAUUAUGACCUAUAAAGACUGUGAUUAUUUUACAUGUGCAAUGCACUCUGGACUGAUGAUGGAAACGAGUUUGACUCAUUACAUCAGUCUCACAACCAAGUACAUAAUGUAUGAACGCUACGAAAUGUCUAAAGGAAACAACAAAAGAGAUAUUAAUCUACACAGUUUUCUCAUCCAUAGCAAGAGAAAGGGAAAUGAUCGGGCACAUGCGGAUGAAGACAACUUCCAAAAGACCCCGAGCUGUGUUCUUGACACUUCUGUACUAACACAUUUGAUUAAUUUAGAGCUCACAAACACUUUUUGUUGUUGUUGGUGAGAAGCAGCAGCUAAGACCAAAAGCUGCACCUAUAAUUUGUCUCCCCAAAAAUGCAGACAGCAAGUGAAAGUGAAAAUAACUUUAAGAUAGCCUGGGAACAGAAAGUAUUAAAUGUAAAGAUGCUCUGCAGGCAGCAAAAUAUAAUUUAUGGCAGGUGCUGCCUUUGAAAGUGCACCAAAGUGUGUUUAAGAGUCUAUAAACAUAAAGUGUCUUGAGGAGAGAUUGACUACAUUGAAAAGGUGGAUGGUAGGCUGAAAUUACAGGUAGGGAAAGACAUUUUAUCAUAACCUGAUACACUUCCCUUUCACACCUCUCAAGUGGCUGCACAGAAAAGGAUUUUGUCCCAUGCUUGCUUCUUCAGCUCUGUGAUCGUCUUCAUUGUUGGGGUUUUUUAGUGAAGAGGAAACAGAAAGCAGGAAGAGAGAGUGGUGGAAGACACUCCACAAAGGGCCACGGUUCAAAGUCAAAUCCGGUUAAAUGCAUUUAGCCUUUCAGCACAUGGUUGCCUGCUCAACCUGGGAGAAGGUCAUCCUCGUUUUUUGUUUUUUAAUUCUGAGUUAUGCCAACAGUCUUUUCAUGUUCAGUUAUGUCAUUCUCAGAUUUUAGUUGAAUGGGAUGUGCUAUCUACCCCAGCGGUCCCCAACCCCCGGG